AUAAGCAAGAGCCUUCACAAGAAAAGGUCUACAAAGAAUCGAGGAAAAGAAAUCCUGAAAAGACAUACCUCACCAACAACGAAAAAUCUAUAUCCAAUAUUGCCAAGAUGGAUGCUUUACAAAGUGUUGAACAUGGAGAAGAUGGUAACACUAAGGAUCAUUACUCUGAAGUCAUACAAGAUCCUGUACGCAAAAAUCGUGUACGCCUUUAUGGAAGAGGUGUAACAAAGACUGAUUUGAAAAAAAAGGAUACAAAUUCGGGUUUCAUAUUUCCACAGGAGUUUUUACAAAGUAUGGAGACUCAAUUGGUGCAAAAGCUAGCACCGAGCGUGGCAUCUGUCAUUCUUUCUCAAAUUCAAGCCGCUAAUCCAGGAGUAGAGCUUGUGAUUCCUGACUUUUCAAUUGGUACAAAACCAAAGGAUGCAUCUAGAGAUCAACAUCCAACUAGUGACACCAAUGAGCAAGCUUCUAAUGGCCCUCAAUUGUUAGAUUGUGAGGAGAGACUUGGUGAAAUUCCGGAAGAUUUGGGAUCUAACCGAGCCGGACAACCUUUGGUUAAUUAGUGAAACUCGG